AUGUGCGAGCUGUACUGCAAGAAGGACACUCUAGCGUUGAGGAGGAAGCAUAUCGGGCCCUCAUGCAAAGUUUUCUUUGCUGCGGAUCCCAUCAAAAUAGUGCGAGCCCAGCGGCAGUACAUGUUUGAUGAGAAAGGCGAACAGUACUUGGACUGCAUCAACAACGUCGCCCAUGUGGGACAUUGUCACCCAGAAGUGCUCAAAGCUGCCCUGAAACAGAUGGAACUGCUAAAUACAAAUUCUCGAUUCCUCCACGACAACAUUGUGGAGUACGCCAAGCGCCUUUCCGCAACCCUGCCAGAGAAACUCUCUGUUUGCUAUUUUACAAAUUCAGGAUCUGAAGCCAACGACUUAGCCUUGCGCCUGGCUCGGCAGUUCAGAGGCCACCAAGAUGUAAUCACUCUUGACCAUGCUUACCACGGUCACCUAUCGUCUUUAAUUGAGAUCAGUCCAUAUAAAUUUGGAAAGGGCAAAGAUGUCAAGAAAGAAUUUGUGCACGUGGCACCAACUCCAGACACUUACAGAGGAAAAUAUAGAGAAGACCAUGCAGACCCAGCCAGCGCUUAUGCAGACGAAGUAAAGAAAAUUAUUGAAGAAGCUCAUGAGAGUGGAAGGAAGAUUGCUGCCUUUAUUGCUGAAUCCAUGCAGAGUUGUGGCGGACAAAUAAUUCCUCCAGCAGGCUACUUCCAGAAAGUGGCAGAAUAUGUACACCAAGCAGAGGGUGUGUUUAUAGCUGAUGAAGUUCAGGUAGGAUUUGGACGAGUCGGGAAACAUUUUUGGAGCUUCCAAAUGCAUGGCGAAGACUUUGUUCCAGACAUCGUCACGAUGGGAAAACCAAUGGGCAAUGGCCACCCUGUGGCAUGUGUGGUAACAACCAAAGAAAUUGCAGAGGCCUUCAGCAGCUCGGGGAUGGAGUAUUUCAAUACGUAUGGAGGAAAUCCAGUAUCUUCUGCUAUUGGUUUGGCCGUCCUAGAUGUAAUUGAAAAUGAAGACCUUCAAGAAAAUGCCACAAGAGUAGGGAAUUAUCUUACUGAGUUACUAAAUAAACAGAAGGCUAAGCACAGUUUGAUAGGAGAUAUCAGGGGCGUUGGCCUUUUUAUCGGAAUUGACUUAGUAAAGGACCCUCAGAGAAGGACUCCUGCCACAGCUGAAGCUCAGCAUGUUAUUUACAAGAUGAAAGAAAAGCGAGUGCUUCUCAGUGCUGAUGGACCUCAUAGAAAUGUGCUUAAAAUAAAACCACCUAUGUGCUUCACUGAAGAAGAUGCAAAGUUUAUGGUGGACCAACUCGAUGAGAUUCUGACAGUUUUAGAAGAAGCCAUUGGAGCCCAAACUGAGAGUGUGGUCUCUGAUAAUACACCAUGCAGAACAAAGAUGCCUAAGGAAACACGCUUGGAAUUGCUCAGUGAGGGUGCCCCGGACCAGAAAGAAAAUCCCAGCCAAAAGAGAAAUGGACUGCGCACAGAUAAACAUUCACUGCUCAGUAAGAGGCUCAAGACAUGAGAGAUUAGUGUUUUAUAGCAAUAUAAAUGUCCUGAGUUACAGAGAAUGAAUGGAAGUGUCUCUUCUGUUUAAUAGCUAUUGCAUUCCCUAAAGGCAGAAUUUGCAUUCCUUUUAGAUUUGUAAAUAAAAAAGGUAAAUGGGUACUAAGAAUAAACCAAGUGAUGAUCAAACCAUGUCAAGAUUAUUAGUUUAGCCUCUAGCCUGUUAAUUCUUUACUUGAGAUUUCUGAAUGUACUUAAUUUAUUCCACUAACUUUAAGCUUCAAACUGAGUAUUAUAUUGGCAGUUUUACUUCUCAUGCUUUAAUGACUGAAAUAAGAGAGCAAGCACAACAGAUUCCUUAACUUAAGUGCCUUAAGAUAUGAAUUCUAUAAUGAUUCCAUUUGUAUAUAUUUGUGGACCGUAAUAAAAUAAAAGAUGAUAUAAAC